GAUGUGAUCCAUCGAGAUGUGAAGAGUGACAACAUCCUUCUCAGAACGGACGGUUCUGUCAAACUGGCUGAUUUUGGCCUCACUACUCAGCUCACCCCUGAGCAGAGCAGACGGUGCUCGGUAACCGGGACUCCUUGGUGGAUGGCGCCUGAAGUGGUGACAGGUCAACCAUAUGGCCCCAAAGUGGACAUAUGGUCUUUUGGAAUUGUGGGAAUUGAAAUGAUAGAACAAGAACCUCCUUACUUGGGCGAAAGUUCUGGCACGGCUACAUACCUGAUAGCCACAGUAGGGACUCCACAGCUGCGGCAGCCCAAGCUCCUCUCGGCUUUGCUGCGUGACUUCCUGAGCUGCUGCCUGCAGACAGACGAGGAGCAGCGCUGGUCUGCCAAGGAGCUCCUGCAGCAUCCAUUUGUAACUUCAGCCAAGCCAGCAUUCAUCCUGGCACAAGUCAUCAACUCAGUGAAGAAGACGAAUAACCCUAACCCUAAACUCUAAACCUAAAACCUAACCCUAACCUUAAAUGCUAACCCAAACCCUAACCCUAUCCCUAUCUCUAUCCCUUACCCUUUCCCUUACCCUUUCCCUAACCCCAACCCUAAGCCUCAGCCAAAGCCUAAACCUAAACCCAAACCUGAACCUAAGUCUAAGCCUAAGCCUAAGCCUAAGCCUAAGCCUAAACCUAAGCCUAAGCCUAAGCCUAAGCCUAAACCUAACCCUAACCCUAGGAGACGAGAACAUAGCAAUCAUGUCAAGAACUUAUCUCUGUUACCAGUUUAGAGUAGGAUUGUAGAGUAGGGUUGCUAAAGAGAUUUGUAGCAUAGAAUUA